AGAAAUUCAUGUUGGCCGAUACUCUGAUAAGAACGCCUAUUCAAAUAAGUUGUGUUGUAAUCAACCGAUAUAUAACUUAUGGAUAACCUAAGUCAAUCCAAACGAAACGUUCCUAACUUGGAAGCGAUGGAUUUGGACAUAAAUUCUACUGAUUGUGAUACCAGUAUCAUUAGUACCAGUUCCAUUGAUCAUUUAAAUACAUCACCAGGAAUGUCCACAUUUUUCACAAGUUUUGAGGAACAGAUGAACUUAAGUGAGAAUCAACAAGAUAGUGUACAGAAGAGCUCAGUGGCAUUGUCCGGAAAAAUAGGUUUUUUACAGUCAAUCAGUCAUAAAUCUUCCACCAGUUCCAAAAAACGACUCAGCUCCGAACACAGUGGCUGCCAAGUUAAUAUCUAUGAUAUGAGAAAUAAUACUUUUUCUAAUGGCGAGAUUAUAAACCUAGAUGUUCAAGAACAAUUAGCGAUUCACAGGAUUGCCCAAUUCUAUGAUUUUCCUGAAAGCUGUCUGAUUCCAAUGCAAUAUGGUAUUAGCGGCGAGAGGAAUCCGUGUGUGGUAGCCAUAAGAGAAGAUUCUAGCGAUUUAACAUUGUUCUUACGCUGGGAAUCUGGUUUUGUCAUUGGCCGUAUAUGCGUCACUGUAAAAAACAAUGCGACACCACAAUCCCUUGCAGUCGACUUAGACAGGAAACUUAACUACAAAGAAACCUAUGAAAAGUACAGUCCAUAUUGCUUUCACCAAAAACUAGACAGUUUCAAGAAUCUAAAGGAGCAAGGUGUUGUUUCGGGUAACGAACUUAUAUUUCGCGAAAUUAGACCAAUCACUCUGAAGUGUUUGUAUAGAUCUUCACCAACGGUGGACGCAAUCUACUAUGUUAAUUCAUUGACUACGGAUACCAUCGGUGACGUAAAGCUCAAAGUAUUUAAUACAAUGAAAAAAGAACCCUCGAGCGAUGAAAUUCGUUCGUUAUCAUCACCAGAACAUAUCUGGCUCACUUCCGGUAAUCGUCUUUACGACAGAGAUAGAGAAUAUAUUGGAUCUCCAGCGCCCUCAGACAUCAAUAACAUUUCCUCUGGUCUUCUAGGAAUAGUAGAUGUGGUCAUCAAUGUACAAUCGUCCAACUGUUUACCUGUCAACGUUUUACAUACCGAAUUCGAUGGUUUACAAAAGAUAGUUAUAUCCACAUCAAUGUCAACGGCGGAACUUCGAUACAAGAUAUCAACCAUAUUCCACUGUUCACCGAAUGCACUCAAAAUUGCAAUUGACAAUAAACGAGUAACGGAAAUGAGUCGUAUUAGCAACUUUCAAGGGCUGAAGCGAAACUGUAUGAUUAUAGCAAGCAUACGUCAAGCUAUUACUAUCAACAUUGAGUUAGAGGACAAAACAUACCAAGUGUCUGUCAUGAAACUUGAUCCAGUUCUCUGUGUAAAACAGAAACUCUCAGAAUUAACUCAAUACGAAACAAAACACAUCAAACUGAUCUUCGAAGACAAGGAACCAAACGACCACCACCAAAUAGAAAAGGCACAUCUAAAAAAUGGGUCUGAGGUACAUGCAAUACACCUUCCAAAGCGUAUUUCUGUUUGUAUUAGAAAAAACGGAAAAGAUCCAGUUCACCUGAUCAUAGACGAUAGUCAAAAAAUAACGCCGAAGCUUUUAAAAUGUUUUUACACCGACACCAUUAGGCUGAAGCCUAAAUAUUAUAUCAACUACCACACCUUCGGAAAAUCAUUGCAGUUCGUGGAUAGUAAGUCAUUAGACAGUCAAGGUAUAGAAGAUGGCUGUAAAUUAUAUGCCACAGAAAGUCUAAAUAUUCAUAAGAAGGGGAAGCUUAUGAAUAUCUUUGAUUACAGGGAGGAUGGACAGAUUCACAUCAUCAAUGGUACCAUUAUCAACGGCAAUCUCUUGAAAGGUAUGGACGGUUCUGUUGAGUCUGACAAUUCGUCUGAGUUUGAUUCCCUAGAAAAACAGAAAGAAAUACCUGGAAUACGUCUAGCUUAUCCAGAAGAGGUAGCAGCAUUCAGCUCAAACUCAGACGAUUCCUGUGACAAUGGAAAUCUUUCAAAUGCCUUGGUCAAACUCAGAAUGCCUACGCCAGGUGCGCUUGUGACAGGAAAUUAUUCAAGUAGUGCAAUAGAAUCUCCUGCGUGGUUUCCAAUGGUUAAAAGUCCCUUUCAGCCACACACCACCAUAACACCAAAAUUGGAACAUAUUUCAUUAAUGUCCCACAGUAUCACAGAACCAAUUUUAGGAGAGCUUCCUGGAGUUGUCAGUGAUAAAGAACUAGACAAAUUGGUAUCAGAGCUUCCGGGAACUGUUUGGCAGUCUUUUAUGAGACAGUUGUUACCAGAUGCUGAAAUUACUAAACAAAUUGAAUCCCACAAAGGCAAUGUUAGCGAGCAAAUAUUUCAAUGUUUACAAAAGUGGAAGCAGAGAGAAGGUUCAAAGGCAACGAUAAAAGUUUUACAAGAUGCUCUGAAAUCUCAAGAAUUGAACUUAAUAUCUAUAAAAAUAUUUGGCAUGGAAGUUCAAAGCGAUUAAACAAAAGUGCUAAUUCCGAUGCAUAUGAACUGCAAUAAAGAUCAAAUAAUGUACUUUGAGUACAACGUGCUAAACACACGUUUGAACUGGAAAUUUGGCUAUAAAUCAAGCACAGAAAUCGGGUUGAUCCGAUUGCACAAACAAAUAAACCUUAUUCUGAAUGUAUUAAGCAGCAUAGAACUGAUCUCACCUUUAUCAAUAUAAUUUUCUUGUGUUUACCCUGAUCAUCUCAAUUUGCAUAAUUCUUUACUCAUUGCAUUAGUUUUUUCAUAUACAUCUUAAUUGUUUAUGAUCAAUACGCAUAUACACUUUUUUAUACUUCAGUUAUAUUUUUAUGAGAUAUUUAAUUUUAUCCAUAAAAUAAAAGCAAAAAUUUAUCAUAUG